UCUGCGUACGCUGAUCCUUUUAGGGAGCAUCGUGUUUUCCAGAGACCUUGACUUAUUCCUGGACUGGGAUACGUUCCUGAACCCCGACCAUAUCGAGGCGGUUUAGCCACUUUCUAGAAUAAUUUUUCUCGGUGUAUUACCCUGUACUAUCUAUCGUAGCGUGUGCAGACAUGGCUGAUGUGAAAGUGUGUUUGAUUGUGAUCGAUGGUUGGGGUCUGUCAGACGAACAGAAUGGCAACGCCAUCGCCCACGCGCAGACGCCCGUGAUGACGGCGCUGUCGCAGGAUAAGGAGCGCUUUCUCACUCUGGACGCAUCGGGUCUGGCGGUGGGUCUUCCCAAAGGACUCAUGGGCAACAGUGAAGUGGGCCAUCUCAAUAUUGGCGCUGGCCGGCCCGUCUUCCAGGAUAUUGUCCGCAUCAAUUUGGACAUGGAGAAUAAAAAGUUGGGUGCUAAUCCGAGAUUCUUGGAAGCAUGUGAGAAUGCCAAGAAGAACGGUGGACGCUUGCAUCUUCUUGGCCUGGUGAGCGACGGAGGCGUACAUUCGCACAUCGACCACUUAUGCGCUCUCUUGGAAGGUGCCAAAGCAGCGCAUGUACCCAAAACGUUUGUGCAUUUCUUCGGCGAUGGCCGAGAUACCAGCCCUACAAGCGCAGCGGGUUAUUUGGAUCGUCUCCUGCAACACAUGGCCGCCAUUCAGUAUGGUGAAUUAGCCGACAUCACCGGACGUUAUUACGCCAUGGAUCGGGACAAGCGCUGGGAACGGAUAAAAGUGGCUUAUGAUGGAUUAGUGGCCGGCGCGGGAGAGACGGUGGAAAAUGCCCAGGAAGCCAGAAAUUUAAUAGAUAAACGCUAUAACCUACCGGAAAAUCAAGGCCGGGAAACCGAUGAGUUCCUGAAACCGAUUAUUGUUAAAGGGCUGGGGCGAAUUCAAGACAAUGACACCCUCGUAUUUUUCAAUUUUCGUUCGGAUCGUAUGCGCGAAAUUGUUGAGACAUUCGGCGUGAAAAGGAAUUUUGAAACCGACAAUUUUCCGAAAAAUCUGUAUGUAGCUUGUAUGACGCAAUAUAAUCAAGCCUGGACGUUUCCGUUGCUUUAUCCACCCGCCAAUACGGAAAACACCCUGUCAGAAUGGAUAUCUCAUAAGAAAUUCGCCCAGUUCCAUUGUGCUGAAACGGAGAAGUACGCUCAUGUAACAUUUUUCUUCAAUGGUGGAAAAGAGACGCAGGUGGAAGGGGAAGAACGCUGUAUGGUGCCGUCACCCAAAGUGCCCACCUAUGAUCACCAACCGGAAAUGAGCAGUGCUGGCGUUGCUGAUAAGAUGAUAGAAGCUAUUGGUUCUGGGAAAUACAAAUUCGUCAUGUGUAAUUUCGCCCCGCCGGACAUGGUGGGCCAUACCGGCGUCUACGAAGCGGCCGUCAAGGCGGUCACUGCUACUGAUAUUGCGAUUGGGCGCAUCUCGGAAGCGUGCAAACAACAUAACUACGUUCUGCUAAUUACGGCUGACCAUGGUAAUGCCGAGCAGAUGCUCGCCCCGGACGGCCAACCUCAUACUGCCCACACCACUAACCGAGUGCCGUUCAUAAUGGCGUUUACGUCGCGGAAAUUCCUGCAGCCGUCUCACAAUGCUGCAUUAGCGGAUGUUGCUCCCACCGUACUGGACUUGAUGGAUCUUGGUAAACCGAACGAGAUGGACGGUCAGAGUCUUCUGGCGCCGGCAUAGUCGAGCAAGCUGGAGCGUUUUGUCGUACUAUACACUCUUGUGUCUGUAGUCUCUCUGCCCUGUGACAAAUCAAAGUGUCUAUGAAAACUUCAUUAGUUUAAAUGACGAUAAUAAUUUACCGGUUGUUGUUUUGUUACCGUUGUGUCUGUUGAUUGUACAAGUGUGCGAAAUUUGUGAUACAAAAGAAUGGCCAGCCGUUA